GGGGGUGGGGAGGGGAGGAGGAGGUGGUGCAGCAGCUUCGACACAAGCUAACCAGGUGGUGGAAGUCAAGGCCCCGUGCUGGAUCGCAGUGCGGUAAGGACCCUUGAGACCAAGGAGGGUGCAUGGAGGGCUCAAGGCUUAUAAGUCCGGGGCGGUUGGCCCGGCUCUGGUUGGGACUGCUCUCGGCAGCCGCCGCCUUCCUCGGCGCCGAGGCCCGGACCACCCCGAGCCCGCCGCUCAGCCCCGUCAACGCCACUUGCCCGGGGAACUACAAGUGCCACCCCGGCAUCAUCCUGCCCAUCUGGUACCCCGAGGACCCCUCCAUGGGUGACAAGAUCGCGCGGGUCAUCGUGUACUUUGUGGCCAUGAUCUACAUGUUCCUGGGCGUGUCCAUCAUCGCCGACCGGUUCAUGGCAGCCAUCGAGGUGAUCACGUCUCAGGAGAAGGAGGUGGUCAUCCGCAGGCCCAACGGCGAGACCACCACGGCUACCAUCCGCGUAUGGAAUGAGACGGUGUCCAACCUCACCCUCAUGGCCUUGGGCUCCUCCACCCCGGAGAUCCUGCUGUCCAUCAUCGAGGUCUGCGGCCACGAGUUCAAAGCGGGCGCCCUGGGGCCGUCCACCAUCGUGGGCAGCGCCGCCUUCAACAUGUUUGUCAUCGUGGGCCUGUGCGUGUCCGUCAUCCCUCAGGGUGAGGUGCGCAAGAUCAAGCACCUGCGGGUCUUCUUCAUCACGGCCGGCUGGAGCGUCUUUGCGUACAUCUGGCUCUACAUGAUCCUGGCCGUCUUCUCGCCCAACGUGGUGCAGGUUUGGGAGGGCCUCGUGACGCUGGCCUUCUUCCCCAUCUGCGUGCUGCUGGCCUGGGUGGCCGACCGCCGCCUUCUCUUCUACAAGUUCAUGCGGCGGAAGUACCGCACCGACAAGCACCGCGGCGGCGUCGUCAUCGAGAACGAGGCCGACCGCACCCCCAAGGGCAUCGAGAUGGACGGGAAGGGGGUCAACUCGCACUUUGUGGACGGCGGCAUCAAUCUGAUGGACCCGGCGCAGGGCAGGGAGACGGACGAGUCCCGCCGCGACAUGAUCCGCAUCCUCAAGGACCUGAAACAGAAGCACCCGGAGAAAGAGAUGGACCAGCUGGUGGAGAUGGCCAACUACCACGCGCUGUCCCACCAGCAGAAGAGCCGCGCCUUCUACCGCAUCCAAGCCACACGCAUGAUGACGGGCGCCGGCAACAUCCUCAAGAAGCACGUGGCGGAGCAGGCCAAGAAGUCCGCCAGCUGUCUGGAGGUGCGCGCCGACGAGCCCGAGGAGUACGUGUCACGCGUGGCCUUUGACCCCGCCGCCUACCAGUGCCUGGAAAACUGCGGCGCCGCCAUCCUCACCGUCACCCGGCGAGGCGGCGACAUGGGCAAGACCGUCUGCGUGGACUACAAGACGGAGGACGGCUCGGCCAACGCCGGCGCCGACUACGAGUUCACCGAGGGCACGCUGGUCUUCAAGCCCGGCGAGACGCUCAAGGACAUCAGCGUGGGCAUCAUCGACGACGACAUCUUUGAGGAGGACGAGCACUUCUUCGUGCGGCUGGGCAACCUCCGCGUGCUGGAGACGGAGGAGGAACUGCUGUCGGCCAACAGCCUACCCUACCCCAAAGCGGCGCUGGGCUUCCCCGCCGUGGCCACCGUCACCAUCCUGGACGACGACCACGCCGGCAUCUUCACCUUUGAGAGCGGCGUGAUGCACAUCAGCGAAAGCGUCUGCGUCAUGGAGGUGAAGGUGCUGCGGACGUCGGGCGCCCGCGGCACCGUCGUCGUGCCUUACCGCACCGUGGAGGGGCUGGCAAAGGGCGGCGGCGAGGAUUUCGAGGACACGUUGGGCGAGCUGGAGUUCAAGAACGACGAGACCUGCAAAGUAAUCCGCGUGAAAAUCAUCGACGACGAGGAGUACGAGAAGAACAAGAACUUCUUCCUGGAGCUGGCCGAGCCUCGCAUGGUGGACAUGAGUCUCCAGAAAGCCAUGCUGCUUGCCAACGACGUUCCAGACAGGAAGUUCACAUCAGAUGAGGAGGAAGCCAAACGCAUUGCCGAAAUGGGCAAGCCUGUUUUGGGCGUGCACGCCAAGAUGGAGGUCAUCAUUGAAGAAUCUUACGAGUUUAAGAGCACCGUGGACAAGCUGAUCAAGAAGACCAACCUGGCUCUGGUGGUGGGCACCAAUUCAUGGAGAGAGCAGUUCAUGGAGGCUAUCACCGUCAGCGCAGACGAGGACGAAGACGACGCGGGCGAGGAACGCCUGCCGUCCUGCUUCGACUACGUCAUGCACUUCCUGACCGUGUUCUGGAAGGUUCUGUUCGCCUGCGUGCCGCCCACCGACUACCUGAACGGCUGGGCGUGCUUCUUUGUGUCCAUCGUCAUCAUCGGCCUGCUCACGGCCGUCAUCGGCGACCUGGCGUCGCAUUUCGGCUGCACCAUCGGCCUCAAGGACUCGGUCACCGCCGUCGUCUUUGUGGCGCUUGGGACCUCCGUGCCAGACACGUUUGCCAGCAAGGUGGCGGCGGUGCAGGACACGUACGCCGACGCCUCCAUCGGCAACGUGACGGGCAGCAACGCCGUCAACGUGUUCCUGGGCAUCGGCCUGGCGUGGUCGGUGGCCGCCAUCUACUGGCACAACAAGGGCAAGCCCUUUGUGGUGGAAGCCGGCUCGCUGGCCUUCUCCGUCACGCUCUUCACCAUCUUUGCCUUCCUGGCCAUCACGGCGCUGCUGUACCGGCGGCGGGCGCACAUCGGGGGCGAGCUGGGCGGGCCCCGCGGGCACAGACUGGCCACGUCGGGUUUCUUAUUCAGCUUGUGGUUCCUUUACAUCCUCUUCUCAAGCCUGGAGGCCUACUGUCAUAUAGAAGGUUUUUAGACGGGGACCAGGAGAGACUUCUACCACCCCUCACCCCUCGUCUUUCCCCCCACCCCCCGCUUCAAGCCCUUCCGCUGGGCUCACACGGAAGGCGGUGCUGCCCGCCCUGCGCGGACCUCCAAGGGGAUUGCCCAGAAGAUGCCAAGGAACGGGGUCCAGCAUUCCACCGCAAGGAGGCGACUGCAGUCUUAUACAACUGGAGAGUUUAUUUUUCGCAACAACCUGACCAGGAGCGACUUUUUUUUUUUCUUUCUUUGUAAAGAAAAGUAUUUUUGCCGAUCAAAACGUGACAAAAGGAACCAAACAACAGAUGAAAUAUGGACUUAGUGUUUUUUGGAGAAAUCACAACCACAGACAGUUAUUGAACAUGACUUCCACUCUCUAUAUCGCUCUUAAAUAAUAUUUCCUUAUGUCUUGUAUAUUUUCAGCAUUCAAGUGCACUCACGAAAAGAGCGAGGGAUAAGACUACAUCCUGGAACGGUGUCUUGAUGUUUUUGAAGGUCACACAUCGCUGUUUUAGUCACGAACGAGUCAAAUACAUAUCUCGGUCUCAUAGCACCCGCUCACAAGUUUUCAAUCAAAAAGAAUAAUGAGAAAUAAUUGCUGCAGAGAUACAGUGGAUACAUCCAGAGAAGUAUUUUUCUACUUUUUCCUUCCAUUGCACUUUGCUGUCGACUUUGAUGUAUGAAGCACUUUGCAAGCGAGAACAUGUGAAAAUGGCCCCUUUUUAAAACUAUGUGAAAAUGGCCCUUUUUAAAAACUAUUUUUAAAAGCUGCAUUCUUAUUUUUUUGCCACCUGAGGGCAGCAACUAAGCUGGAAAAUAAAGAGCGUGCCCUUCUCCGCACACGUCAUUUCGUGUAGAGUAAAAAAAAAAAAGAGAAAAGAACUACUUCAACAAAUUAUUUUAUUUAAAUGUUAUUGUUGUUUAUUUAUUUAAUUUUAAUAGGAAGACAACAUGAAUAAUCAUCCGGUAUCUUACAAAUACUUACAUUUUAUUUUGUACAAUGAUUUUGAAGUAAUUUGAUAAAGUAACCAUUUAUUAAAUAUUCAACUUUUUUUAUUUAUAUUUUAAAAAGUCUGGAACGUAACAGCACUGCUGUUAUAAUACCACUACUGUAACACCACGAUAGGUAAUACCUUACCUUUUAUUUUAUGGAAGGUAAUAUCACUACUGUGCGAACACCAGGUCUUAUCCAGUACCUUAAUAUUUAUGAAUACUAUUUAAUUUCUUACUCUUUUAAUAUCUUCACAUAAUUGCAUCACUUGUUUUGUAUUAUAAAAAGAGCAGAAGGGAACGUCAUUACUGUAACACCACUAAGUACCUUUCACCAAAGCAGAAUCGGCUAAAUAUAUAUUUGAACCCCCCCAAAACACUGAAAUCAUUAAUAAAGUCAAAUGUCGUUCCAGGCUCAAACUGUAAUACCAAAGAAAAAGCAAAAUCAGAGGUUCCACUGUAAACAAGAUACACAGUUUGUCUACUUUGAGGCAGUUUCUUUUAUUUCUUCUCUUCCUCUUUUUAAUUGGAAAAGCUUCUGUACAUAUACAUGAAAAAAAGGACCUUUUCACGCACUUCUUGAGCCACAUUUGAUCUUUUUUGUUUGUUUCUCUUCUCUUUCUAUGUCACUUAAACCGACAACAUUGGCGUUUUUCCUCUCUGCCUUGACUCAUUUGUGUUUUUAAAAUCUGUGCCAGGAUAUGUGGUGGAAUCUUUUUUUUUUUUUUUUUUUUAAUGCUCAAAAUCAGUCACGUGACUUUGUAGAGACCUCACUGGACUUUGUGAGUGUUUCACUUUUAUGGUCUUUUGUAAAAGGCGCGAUGUUUGGGGUCGGGGGAGGUUACAUUUUAAAAGUUCUCCCGGGCCUGCUAUGAGAUGUCAAAUUUCAAAGGAAAAAAAAUGGGGAAAAAAAUAGGAAUUUUCCAAAGUGUUUUUUGAGAUUCUAACUGUUUUCUUUUGUUCUCUACUGUGGAAUAAAAUCAGCUUUCUGGUUCACAAGAAA